AUGCAGGCUGUGUGGCUGCCGCUGCUCUGCCUGGCUGCAGGGCAGCUUGCAGGUGCCAACCUCUGUGAGACCUAUGGCACCAUCCCGGGCAUCCCUGGGACACCAGGGCUGCCUGGCAGCAACGGCAGAGAUGGAGAGAAUGGCCCCAAGGGAGAGCCAGGUCUCCCUGGGCAGGUGGAGAGCAAAGCAGACAGGGGUGAGCAGGGAGACCCAGGACUGCCAGGGUCCCCCGGGGAGGCCGGGCACAGGGGCGCCCCGGGGCAAAGGGGACUGCCUGGUCCCAGGGGACCCCCUGGCCUCCCGGGGGACCACGGCGACUACGAGGCCACCCUGAAGUCAGCCUUCUGCGCCGCCAGGUGGCUGACGUCCUACCCGCGGCAGGGGCAGGCUGUGCGCUUCAGCCGCGUCCUGGCCAACGAGCAGGGCCACUACGAGAGCCGCUCCGGGCGCUUCACCUGCCGCCUCCCGGGCAUCUACUACUUCACCUACCACGUCACCUCCAGGGGCAACCUCUGCCUCAGCCUGAAGAAGGGCCAGGCUGGCAGCAGCGGUGAGAAGGUGGUGACCUUCUGCGACUACGUGCAGGGCAGCUACCAGGUCACCACGGGCGGCGUGGUGCUCAAGCUGGCACACAAUGAAUCUGUCUGGCUGGAGCCCACUGAGGAGAACUCCCUGGUGGGGAUGGAAGGCUCUGACAGCAUCUUCACCGGCUUCCUCAUCUUCCCCGAUGCUUAGUGCCCUGCGGGAGUCCCUCUGAAGCCCUCCUGCUGCUGGUUAGCUCCCGUGGGG